AUGCUGUCGUAUCAAAAUAUAACGCCGAGCCCGCGCGAGUUGAACGACAAGGUCACGAAUACACCUCAUGAUUUCUCCCUGUACGGGGAAGAGGUUGGCGAUGCUGGAGCGCCGGCGAUUGCUGAAGCACUCAAAGUCAACACGACGAUGACCUGGCUCGCUCUUUGGCAGAAUCAGAUUGGCGAAGUUGGUGCGCGCGCGCUUGCCGAGACACUCAAAGUGAACGAGACAGUGACCAAGCUCGAUAUUUGGAGGAAUCAGAUUGGCGAUGCUGGAGCGAGCGCGAUUGCUGAGGCGCUCAAAGUCAACACGACAGUGAACAUGGUCGAUUUGGGCGGGAAUCAGAUUAGUGAUAUUGGAGCAAGCGCGAUUGCUGAGGCGCUCAAAGUGAACAAGACAGUGACCAAGCUCGACCUGGAUGAAAAUCAGAUUGGCAGUGCUGGAGCACAGGCGCUUGCCGAGGCAUUCAAAGUGAACACGACAGUGACCCAGGUCGAUCUGGGUGAGAAUCUGAUUGGCGAUGCUGGAGCGCAGGCAAUUGCGGAACUGAUCAAAGUGAAUAAGACGCUGGCAUGGCUCAAUCUGUCAUGGAAUUGCAUUGGCGAUGUUGGUAUUCAAGCGAUUGCUGAUGCACGCGAGUUCCAUCCCAGUCCGACUGCUCUUCGCAUUUCCUUCCAGUUUAGCCCUCUUGUACUCUCCUUGCUUCCACGAUUGGCGACUGCUGACGACCUUCAGACCGUGUUUGGCUUGCUGACCAGCGGACUGGAGCUGGAGGAUCAGCUCGCAUCUCUACCGGCACUACCGGCUGAGAUUGCCGAUCUCAUUAUGGACGAAGCGUGUUACUGGCAAGGCCUGCGAAGAACCCGACCCAACCUUUCCAAUGUCCAUUUUUUGCAAGUCCGAUUGCCUCGGAGCAGCACUGCGAAUUCGAUCCGUGUAAAGGCAAUUCAAGUGCUUCUUGGCAUCAAGCAUAUUCAUGCCAACAACCCAGAGCAGUGCGUUGUUAAAUUGAUUGUCCGAGAUGAGCAAGGUGCUGUUCGAUACGAAUGCACUGCGAAACCGACUUUGGUCGAUUCGACUCUCUGGCGUGUGACAAUCCUGCCAGCCAGCCAUCCUGUCAUUCGACAAAUGCACGAGGGCUGGAAGGUUGACGUUCAACCCGGUAUUUAUGUACCAUUUCUGUCGUUUUAUGUUGGAUACAUCUAG